AUGCACUUUUCUCAUACACUCAUUGGUCUCGUCGCUGCUUUUGCCACCAUUGUCCAAGGCCAUGCGUUCAUGAGCAGCCCAAAUCCACGAAACUCUGGCUCCCAGUUGUCUACGCCAAAAAAAAUUAACCGUAUUCCUGGACCUGCACCUGCCAAUCUUGGUACUGUCGCGAAGGGAUGUGGCAACUCUGUCAAAGGAGCUCCUACUGCUGGAGUUCUUCCAGGUGGCCAACUCACAGUCAAAUGGGUUAUUGUUGCCAACCAUGGAUCAAGUGUCAAAGUCAGUAUUGCCUUUGAUGGUGAUACUAAUUUCCAACAACUUGGCCAAACUUCCAUCAACUCUCGUCAAUUGAAUGUUAAAAUGCCUUCGGGUAAAACUGGCAAUGCUAUUGUUCAAUGGUUAUGGGAUGCUCCUAAUGAUGGCUCGCAUUAUUUUGCCUGCGCUGAUAUUACGGUUGGCGAUGCCAACGUAAUUGCUCCUAUCAAUGCCGGAAACGUUGGUGGAAAUGGCAACCGUAAUGCUGGUGGAAAUGGCAAUCGCAACAACAACAAUGGCAAUCGUAACGGCGGAAACCGUAGAAAUGGAAACGGCGGAAACCGUAGAAAUGGAAACGGCGGAAACCGUAGAAAUGGAAACGGCGGAAACCGUAGAAAUGGAAAUGGCGGAAACCGUAGAAAUGGAAACGGUGGAAAGCGUAGAAAUGGAAACGGCGGAAAUCGCAACAAUGGCAACUAA